AGAGGAAAAUGGUGCUGUCCGAGCUGGCUGUGCGCCUAAACUGCGCUGAGUACAAGAACUGGGUGAAGGCGGGACACUGCCUGCUGCUGUUGCGUAGCUGCCUGCAGGGCUUCGUUGGCCGCGAGGUGCUCUCUUUCCACCGCAGCCUGCUCGCCGAGACCCCCGGCCUGGGCCCCCGCGCCACGUGUCGCGGCGGCUCACGGUGCAGCCCGCGCGCCCGCCAGUUUCAGCCUCAGUGUCAGGUGUGCGCGGAGUGGAAGCGGGAGAUUUUGAGACAUCACGUCCACAGAAAUGCAGACGUGCACUGGGGAAACUGCCGGCCGGGCCGCUGGCCCAGUGACGCCUGGGAGGUGGCUAAGGCCUUCAUGCCCCGAGGACUGACAGACAAACGAGGACCUGAGGAAUGUGAUGCAGUUGCUCUUUUAAGUUUUAUCAACUCCUGCGAUCACUUCGUGGUUGAUCGAAAGAAAGUCAUAGAGGUGAUAAAGUGCCGUAAUGAGCUCAUGCACUCUUCAGAGAUGAAAGUAUCAUCUACAUGGCUUCUGGAUUUUCAGAUGAAGAUACAAACUUUUCUGAAUGAAUUCAAGAAUAUCCCAGAGAUUGUGGAGGUGUAUUCCAGAAUAGAACAGCUGUUGAUAUCUGACUGGACUGUCCACAUCCCUGAGGGGGACCAGCCUGAUGGGUGUGAAAGCGAAGUAGGAAGUUACCUGAGUGUGAGCCAAGUCAAUGAGAUCGAAAUGGAAUUACUGAAGGAGAAGCUUCAAGAGCUGUACCUUCUAGCUGAAGCCCAAGAGGUGCCGCCUGAAGAGAUCUCAAGUAGACUAGAAGUGGUGAAGGAAUUUCUGCGAAACAAUGAGGAUCUUAAAAAUGGCCUUACAGAAGAUAUUCAGAAGCUAGACAGCUUCCAUCUCAAGCAUGAAACACUGGAUUCAAAGGAACCUGGGGGACAGACACCAGAAAGCAAGGCCUAAUGUUGGUUUCGCCACAAAUGAGGCAUGUUCCGUGGUGGUCAGCAUAUGGCUUCCAGCUCACACAUCCUUUUUCUGUGCAAAGGAAGAAGUUUCCAGAGUACCAUACCCAAAUGACAAAUCCUUGUUGUCCCAGACUUGCCUCUGGCUCUUUAGCGGUAGUUUCUUCAUAUGCAUAAACUUGGGGUUGCGUAAUGUAUACCAAUCAGAAAAUCCUAGUUCUCCUUGUGCUGUCAGUUGCUGGCUCCCAGGGUCUUUCUGCUGUGUCAAGGGUCAGAGCUGCAUCUGGCUUCCUCUGGCAAAGGGGGUCAGGCCAGUCCUGUGCCAAGGACUCACACAGAGCUCUGUGCCCCUAGCAGGUGUGUCCUGUCCCUGCUUCCUGCUGCCAGAAAGCCUCUUGGGUCAGGGCCAUGGUUAAAGUUUUUAGCUAAAACCCUUCCUUUUUGGGAGAAGGUAGAGGGAAACAUUCCUGGGAGGCCAUUUCUACCCAUUUCAGCUGGGGACAAACAGGCUGGCUCUAGCCCCUGAGGCCAGGAGGCAGGGCUGGGCAGUGGGAUGUCAUAGGGACCUCAGGGUAAGGGCCUGGUGGCUCGUUUCCAUGGCCCUCGUGUGGAGCCAGGGCCAUGGCAGGCAGGCAGGCGGGCUUGGCUCUUCGUUGGUGCAGUGUUAUCUCCAUUGCGGAGCACAGGGCCUGGCCCGUGGGGGCUUGCCAAACAUUUGUUCGAAGAUUUUUUCUGGUGUCUCGGGGUAUUUAUAAGCAUGAACAUCAGUUACAUUGUGAACUAAACCUUGUCCUUCAUUAUGAAAUUUAAGAGUAAAAAUUUUCAACGUUCUUAUGGAAAGUCAUUUUCUUUGAGCAGAUUCAUGACUGCAUUCAUAUGCCCUCUAUUUCUGUUACCCAAACUGUAUUCCACUCCUGACUGGCCUGUCUGGUCCCGAAGAGCAGUGAGCUCUGUGCCGUUGUGCGCAGUGAUAUGUGGGGCUGGCCUCCCUUGCUUUCACCUGUGCAUCACCAAGGCCCCUGGUGCUAAGUUCAGACAGGUCGCCUGUAGACCUUCAGGGACAGAAGUGCCUUGUUUCCCGACUCUGCUGGGAGGCAGUGCUUCCUGCAGUGCCCAAGCGAAGGUGGGUAUGCUUCUUUGCCUGUUCAACCCACAAGGCUGUCUUCAGAGAGUGAGCACAGGAAAGGGGUAUGUUUCUACAUCCACGUGAGCUUCAUAUCAUUCUCUCUACCUGCAGGGUGCCGGUGAAUCCUCAAGGACAUGAGAAGGAGCCCUGUAAGCACGAUCCUUCUGCCUAGGGCUGUUCUUGGUUCACUGUGGGCUCAUCAAUAGGAUCUGCGCCCAGCCUCUCCCUGGGACACAAAAUGUGCUCUGUAGUUUUGAAAAACUUCAAGA